AUGGCUUCAGACUCUACCCAGUCCACGAUUCCUCCCUUGGAGCACACGGCUCUCCAUGAAAUCCCGGCAAAGGUUGACCAGCUGCGCGCCACCUUCAGGACUGGCCUCACCAAGGACAUCCAGUUCCGUCUCGUGCAGCUGCGCAAGCUGUACUGGGGCAUCGUCGACAACACGCCCCUCAUGGAGGAGGCCCUUAUGAGGGAUCUCCGCAAGUGCAAGUUCGAGUCCACCCUCUCUGAGAUCGACUGGUGCAAGCGGGAAUGCAUGGACAUGAUCAACAACAUCGAGAAAUGGGCCAAGGAUGAACCCGUUGUCAACGUCCCCCUCGAAUUCAAAGUCAUGGGACAUCGCAUCCGCAAUGAGCCCCUUGGUGUCAUCCUCGCUAUCGGUUCUUACAACUAUCCUUUCCAGCUCAAUCUGACUCCGCUGAUUGGCGCCAUCGCCGCUGGUAACUGUGUUGUCCUCAAGGCCUCAGAGGCCUCGCCCUACUCAGCCAUGGUUCUCAAGAAACUGUUUGACGAGUGUCUGGAUCCCGAGUGCUACACCUAUGUCAAUGGUGCCGUCCCUGAAACCCAACUCCUUCUCGAGCAAAAGUUCGACAAGAUCGCCUUCACAGGCGGCAAGGGUAUCGGUAAGAUUGUUGCCCGUAAGGCAGCCGAGACUCUCACCCCCGUGCUCCUCGAGCUUGGCGGUCAGAACCCAGCCUUUGUCACCAAGAAUGCCAAUAUCAAGAUGGCUGCUAGGCGGCUACUCUGGCAAAAGGUCCUCAAUGCUGGUCAGGUCUGCGUUUCCCACAACUACAUCCUCGUAGAGCGCAGCGUCCUUUCCCAGUUUCUUGGCGAGUUAAACGGCCAGCUCCGCGUCUUCAUGCCCAAAGGCGCCAGGAAUAGCCCCGACUUUGCGCGCCUCGUCAACAAGCGCCACUUCGAUCGUGUUAAGAAGAUGCUUGACUCUUCCAUGGGCAAGAUUGUCCUUGGCGGUUCCAUGGAUGAGUCUGAUCUCUUCAUCGAGCCGACAGCCGUGCUUGUCGACGACAUUCAGGACAGCAUGAUGGUUGAGGAGUCGUUUGGCCCGAUUUUUUCCGUCAUGGCCUUUGAUACCCUUGACCAGGCUAUCGAUAUCGCCAAUAAUGUUGAUCCUACACCCCUAGCCCUAUUCACCUUUGGUACAGAUGCGGAGAGCAAGAAAGUCCUGGACAGCGUCACUUCUGGUGGUGCCACUAUUAACGACUCCUUCUUCCACAACCAGAUUCCUCAAGCCCCCAUGGGUGGCAUUGGCCAGUCAGGCACGGGUUCCUACCACGGUUACUACUCCUUCAAAGCCUUCAGCCACCAGCGCACCAUCGCCAAGCCUCCGUACUGGGCCGAUUCAUUCCUCCGCGUACGCUACAUGCCCUACUCGUGGCCUCAUCUGAAGCGUCUUCACCUCAUGAACGGCGUGAGCCCCAAUUUCGAUCGCAACGGAGUGCAACUCAAGGGUCUCAAGUACUAUCUCGGACUAAUUUUCAGCCUCGGAGGCAAGAGCUCCAAGCGUGCGUUGAUAAGGUGGGCCGUUUUUGCCGUUAUAGCCGCCGUCCUCGGCGCGAAGAAUGGCUCCCUGAACCAAUGGUUGGCGAAAUGA